GGUAUGUCACACGGCAUUGCUCUCAAAUCUUCAUUAACAGCUGUUUCAGAGACAAGUCGGUUUAAAUGGAUCGGGCCUCUUAAAAAUCGUCUUGAAGCUAAACAUCUGGGAGGUCUUGUCAUAGUGCCGUAAUUUAUGUGACAGCUAGGUACUCGCGUAUGAAUGCUGUGCACGGUAACAGCUGCACGACUUUCUGAGGGACGAGCCCGAUCUCUGAAAAGCUCCUCCAGGUCUUUACAGACAUCCAAACUCGGGGACCUCCGAAUGCUCACUGGAGCCUAUUCAAGCCGCUUUCAAGCACUGAUGCAGUAAUGUGAUCUCUGGCAAUCCUGGCAAUGCUCGUCUUCGGCUGCGCCGCAGAAUGUCAUCGGCGCCCUCCCACACCGGCUUCUACAACCAGUACCGGCUGGACGCCGGCAGCCCGGCCGACUUCGGCACCAGUCAGUGGCAGGAGCGCUCCGACAUAUCCUGGAGUUACGUCUUCUUCAGCGUCAGCAGCGCCCUCUUCCUCAACGUCGAGGUGUUAGUGAAGGUGUUGAUGCCGGCAGAGCACGGUGGCUGGUGGGACGGCGCUCACUUCGCCUCCCACUUCAUCAUCUACCUGACCAACUGGACCCAGUGUCUGCUGGCCCACAGCGCGAUGGUGUCGGCCGGCCUGGCACUCGAGCACGUGUACCGGGUCAGGAAAGGUCAGUGGGUCAGCUGGCUAAUGCACAACAUCAGCGCGGCGCUCGUGUUCACCGUCACCAUCGCCUUCUGGCCGAGCGUGUUCCAGCCGGACUCGGAGCAGCCGCCCAGCUACUUCACCGUCUCGUCCCCACGGCGGCAACAGCGUCUACGUCCUCCUGCUCCUCUUCAUCCACCGCCGGCGGCGGUGGCGGCGCUCUACCUCUGCUUCACGGCUGUGUACACGACGCUGGGGGGCACCACCGAGCACGGCCACACAGCCUUCUACCCGGUGCUCGACUGGCACCAGCAGCCGACGGCCGCCGCCCUGUUCGCGUUCGACCUAGUCAUCGGCGUGCCCAUCUCGUUCUUCGUGGUGGUAGCGCUGGCGCUGGCGCGGGAGGCCGUCUGGAGGCGCUGGAAGGGGGUCAAGGUAUCGCAAGGGGAGCAGGCUCCUCUGCAGAGCGGAGGCACGCAGGAGCGGUACGACACGUGGCCCUGA